AUGGCCCCUAUGGCUCCGAUGAGGAAGAGAACCAGAGCUCCAGCGCCUUCCUCUCCUCUUCCUGCGAGAGGGGGCGGUGGGGACAGGGGCUCUGAGAUCUGCUGCGAGGAGUGCGGAUCCGGUCACGCCGGCGAGGUGCUCCUGCUCUGCGACAAGUGCGACCGCGGUUUCCACACCUUCUGCCUCCGCCCUAUCCUCGCCAGCGUCCCCAAUGGCGCCUGGUUCUGCCCCUCCUGCUCCAAGCCCAGGAAGCCCCGAAGUAUGCCCUUACACUGGCUCCUCAGUCCAGUCAUUCCGCAUCACUCUCUCUAUCUCUCUUUCUCUCUCUCCUUCCCCCCCUUGUGUGUGUGUGUGUGUUUGUGUCUAGUUUCUUGUAUUUCAGAGCAUCCAAUCUAAAAUCUUCGCCGUCCCCCUCACUCUUCUUUCUCUAAUUUCGGCUGUUUCAGAGUUUCCUCUUGUCCAGACGAAGAUCGUAGACUUCUUUCGGAUCCAGAGGCCAUUAUCGGACUCUGACAGCGCGUGGAAGAAGCAGCAGCGGAGGAAGAGGGUGGGAGGCCUCGUGGUGGCCAAGAAGAAGAGAAAGCUGCUGCCCUUCGUCCCCAGCGAGGACCCUAAGCGCAGGCUGGCCCAGAUGGCGUCCCUGGCGACAGCGCUGACAACCACGGGAACCCAGUUCAGCAACGAGCUCACCUACUCCCCCGGCAUGGCGCCCAGAUCGGCCAACUGCGCUGCCCUUGAACGGGGGGGGAUGCAGGUGUGAAACUCUGACGCCCACGCCCAAAUCCGCCGUAGAUUAAUCAAUCUAGAUUGCCUCUGAUGAGUUUCCAAUGCUACCCACUUUGUUGAAUCUUCUCUGGAUCAUGGAAAUCUCCAGGUUCUGUCGAAGGAGGACGCGGAAACGUUAAAUAUAUGCAAGAGAAUGAUGGAAACGGGGAAAUGCCCACCUCUAAUGGUGGUUUUUGAUCCCAACGAAGGGUGACGUUUCUUUCUUCCCUGAUUCUCAUAUUUUCCCUUCCCAUUUUCUGUGCUUUCCAGCCUCAUUGCCUCAUUCCGAUCGAAACAGGUUCACAGUGGAAGCUGAUAAGUUCAUCAAGGACCUCACAGUAGUUGCAGAGUACGUGGGCGACGUCGAUUACCUGAAGAACCGGGAGCACGACGAUGGCGACAGCAUGAUGACUCUUCUAUCCGCAGAUAACCUCUCCAGAAGCCUCGUCAUAUGUCCCGACAAGCGGGGGAACAUCGCCCGAUUCAUCAGCGGCAUCAACAAUUACACUCCGUAAUCUUCUGCCCCAUCAAGUUGACUAUUUUACAUUUUAAAAAAAAGAAAAGGAAAAAGUGAAGCUUAUUUUUUUCUGCUCGUCAUAGUUUUUCAAAUCUGUGAGUGAAACCGAGUAAGAACAUCCUUAGAGCCACUAAGAGAAACAGGGUCUGUUGUUGAAUGAGAUGGGCCUACUACUCCACUGAUAGCGGAUGAUAUCCGCCUCUUUCCUCCCUCUAACAUCUACCAUCCGAUCUCCGUCGCCUGAUUCAGGGGCGGGAAGAAGAAGCAGAACCUGAAAUGCGUGAGAUUCAAUGUGGGAGGCGAGGGCCGCGUCCUGCUGAUCGCAAUCCGAGACAUAUCGAGAGGCGAGAGGUUGUACUACGACUACAAUGGGUACGAGAAGGAGUACCCGACUGAACAUUUUUUCUAG